UCAGUGCUUUACAUUACAACUCAAUGCUCUCCAUAAAGCUGAGAUAUGCCCAUUGUGGAGAGUGAAGCCAAAGUAAAAACCAAAGUUCGCUUUGAGGAAUUGCUUAAGACUCACAGUGAUCUAAUACGCGAAAGAAAAAAACUGAAGGAAAAAAUUGGCAAAUCUGGAGAAAAACUCUCACUUGACACUGUUAGAAGCAAUCUUCAGAAAAGUACAGAAACUAAAAGUGGUGAUAUAAGUGCUACUAACACUAAUGAUACAGAGAAGAGCAUGCGAGUCACUAAAAACAAACUAAGGAAUCCACAGUCAACAACUGAAAAUCCAGAGGAUGAUGUUAGUGUAGAGGAAGACAAGCAAGAAAAGGCAAAUAAAAAGGUUCUAAAAGCAGUGCUCCAGGUGACUGCACAAGAAAUGGAACUGGAAACUCCUGAGAAGAAGGUGGAUUCUGCACAUCAGAAAGCAGGAGCAAAGUCACAGCCAGCUGUCACUCAUCAGAAAAGCGAGAAGGCAGAUGAGGAAGAGGAACUGAUGCAGGUGUACCAGCUCCAAGUAGCUGAAGAGAUGGCAAAGGAGAUUAAGAAGAAAAUAAGAAAGAAACUCAAAGAACAGUUGACUUACUUUCCCUCAGAUACUUCAUUGCAUGAUGACAAAUUGAGCAGUGAAAAAAGAAAAAAGAAAAAAAAGAAAGUCCCAAUCCUGUCUAAAGCUGAAACAAGUACAUUGCCUAUCUCUGAUGACACAGUUGAAGGUGAACAAAAGAAGGAAUCUCCAGUUGAAACAGUUACUUCAGAUUCUCAUCAAGAUUAUAAAAUAAGCUCAAUGGAACAAACUAUAGAAGACAGCAUGCAAGAUGACACAAAAUGCAAACCAAAAAAAAAGAAAAAGAAGGCUAAAACAGCCCCGCGUGAACGCCAAAAUCUCUGCUGGUUUCUCUGUCCCCCAGUAGGGGCCUUCAGCCAGGGGCCACGCCUGGAUUCUCAACCUCUAGCUGCGCCCAGAAUUGUUUCAGAUGAUAAUGAAGAUACUGAUGGUGAUGGUGUUCAUGAAAUAACAAGCCGAGAUAGUCCAGUUUAUCCCAAAUGUUUGCUUGAUGAUGACCUUGUCCUGGGAGUUUACAUUCACCGAACUGAUCGACUUAAGUCAGAUUUUAUGAUUUCUCACCCAAUGGUAAAAAUUCACGUGGUGGAUGAGAAUACUGGUCACUAUGUCAAGAAAGAUGAUAGUGAACGGCCUGUUUCGUCUUACUAUGAAAAAGAGAAUGUGGAUUAUAUUCUUCCAAUUAUGACCCAGCCAUAUGAUUUUAAACAGUUAAAAUCAAGACUUCCGGAGUGGGAAGAACAAAUUAUAUUUAAUGAAAACUUUCCCUAUUUGCUCCGAGAUUUUGAUGAGAGCCCUAAAGUCAUCCUGUUCUUUGAGAUUCUUGAUUUCUUAAGCAUGGAUGAAAUUAGGAAUAACUCUGAAGUUCAAAACCAAGAAUGCGGCUUUCGGAAAAUAGCCUGGGCAUUUCUCAAGCUUCUAGGAGCCAAUGGAAAUGUAAACAUCAAUUCAAAACUUCGCUUGCAGCUGUAUUACCCACCUACUAAGCCACGAUCUCAAUUAAAUGUCGUUGAGGUUUUUGAAUGGUGGUCAAAAUGUCCGAGAAAUCGUUAUCCAUCAACAUUGUACGUGACUGUAAGAGGGUUGAAAGUUCCAGAAUGUAUAAAGCCAUCUUACCGUUCGAUGAUGGCUCUUCAGGAGGAAAAAGGUAAACCAGAGUAUUGUGAACGACACCAUGAGCCCAGCUCAGUAGACACGGAACCUGGAUUAGAAGAUUCAAAGGAAGAAGUCAACUGGAGACGGCUACCCGGGCAGGCUUGCCGUAUCCCAAACAAGCACCUCUUCUCACUAAAUGCAGGGGAACGAGGAUGUUUUUGUCUUGCCUUCUCCCAUAAUGGAAGAAUAAUAGCAGCAGCCUGUGCCAGUCGGGAUGGGUAUCCAAUUAUUCUAUACGAAAUUCCUUCUGGACGUUUCAUGAGAGAAUUGUGUGGCCACCUCAAUAUCAUUUAUGAUCUUUGCUGGUCGAAAGAUGAUCGCUAUGUCCUUACUGCAUCGUCGGAUGGCACUGCCAGGAUAUGGAAAAAUGAAAUAAACAAUACAAAUACUUUCAGAGUUUUACCUCAUCCUUCUUUUGUUUACACGGCUAAAUUCCAUCCAGCUGUAAAAGAGCUAGUGGUUACAGGAUGCUAUGAUUCUGUGAUACGGAUAUGGAAAGUUGAUAUGAGAGAGGAUGCUGCCAUAUUGAUCCGACAAUUUGACACUCACAAGAGUUUCAUCAACUCUCUCUGUUUUGAUUUUGAAGGUCAUCACAUGUAUUCGGGAGACUGCACGGGGGUGAUUGUUGUUUGGAAUACCUAUGUCAAAGUUAACGAUGUGCAGCAUUCAGUGCGCCACUGGAGUGUAAAUAAGGAAAUUAAAGAGAGUGAGUUUAAGGGGAUUCCAAUAAGCUAUCUGGAGGUUCAUCCCAAUGGAAAACGUUUGUUAAUCCAUACCAAAGACAGUACUUUGAGAAUUAUGGAUCUCAGACUAUUGGCGGCAAGGAAAUUUGUAGGUGCAGCAAAUUACCGAGAGAAGAUACAUAGUACUUUGACACCGUGUGGGACGUUUCUCUUUGCUGGAAGUGAGGAUGCUAUAGUAUAUGUUUGGAACCCAGAAACAGGAGAACAAGUAGCAAUGUAUUCUGACCUGCCAUUCAAGUCACCCAUUCGAGACAUUUCUUAUCAUCCACUUGAAAAUAUGGUUGCAUUUUGUGCAUUUGGGCAGAAUGAGCCGAUUCUUCUGUAUAUUUAUGAUUUUCGUGUUGCCCAGCAGGAGGCUGAAAUGUUCAAACGCUACAAUGGAACGUUUCCGUUACCUGGAAUACACCAAAGUCAAGAAGCUUUGUGCACCUGUCCUAAACUGCCUCCUCAAGGCUCUUUUCAGAUUGAUGACUAUGUCCACACUGAAAAUUCUUCAGUGAAGAUGCAGCAAGUGAAACAGAGACUUGAUUCUGUUACAGAGGUGAUACGAGCCUGUGCUGCAAAGGUCAACAAAAAUCUCUCGUUUCCUUCAACAUCAGCCUCCUCACAACAGUCUAAGUUAAAACAGUCCAACAUGCUGGCCGCUCAUCAGAUCCUGCGUCAGUUUGGUUUCCCUGAGACUGGAUGUUUAAUUCCUGCACAUGCAGAUACUGGGAAUGCAAGAUUCAUUCAUACAUUCAGGAUUAUCAGCAUAGAAAGAAAGCCUUGUAACCAUCAUGUUGAUACAGCACCAACGGUAGUGGCUCUUUAUGACUACACAGCGAAUCGAUCAGAUGAACUAACCAUCCAUCGCGGAGACAUUAUCCGAGUGUUUUUCAAAGAUAAUGAAGACUGGUGGUAUGGCAGCGUAGGGAAGGGACAGGAAGGUUAUUUUCCAGCUAAUCAUGUGGCUAGUGAAACACUAUAUCAAGAACUGCCUCCAGAGAUAAAGGAGCGAUCCCCUCCUUUAACUCCCACAGAAAAAACCAAAAUGGACAAACCUUCUGCGGCUCCUCAAAGGUCAGUCGUUAAGGACAAGUCCCAGGAUUUCAGACUGGGCUCAGAGUCUGUGACACAUUCUGAGGUCGGCAAAGAGCAGAGCCGUGAGGACCGAGGACAUAUAAUGGACAUGCCGGUGAAGAAGAAUGAGCAAACUGGCCGAAAAGUCACCCUAAUAGAGUAAAGAGUUGAAGAAGAAUGAAGAGACAGAGAACCAAGUACACAGAAAUGAAAUGAC